GGCAGCAGCGACAGGUGAGAGCGCGGAGCGAAAGUGGGCCGGCGGUGGUGGCGCGCGGCUGGCACGACCCUCGGCGCGCGCGCACCUUAGCCCACCCAAGCGCGCCGUCCCGGUCAGUAGGCGAGCACAUGCCGGCCGAGGAGGACGCGAGCGCGCGGCGGGCCGCGGACGCGCAGGCGGAGGCCCCAGCGGAGGCCCAGGCGGAGCCGCGGCGGGCAGCGCCCGAGCCCGCGCCGCCGGAGGGGCAGGCGGCGCGCGCCAGCCAGAUGGAGCACCUGCAGCGCAUCCGCGAGCGCGUGCGCCGGGCCAUCGCCGCCAAGCACACCUUCGCCAUCCUCGGGCGCGCGCGCCUGGUUCGCGAGGCCCUGCUCGCGCGCGACUGGUGCGAGAAGCUGCCCCGGCGCGGCGCGCGCGAGCCGAGCGCCCCCGGCGGGCCGGGCGCCGGCGCGGCGGCCGAGCCGCAGCUCGGGCCCGACGCCAGCUCCGCGGCGCUGCUGGCCGGGCUGGGCGACCUCGGCGAGGCGCAGAACGAGCGGCUGCUGGUCUCGCGCAUGCUGGGCGCGCGCGCGCCCGACCUGCUGUGGAGCGCGGGCGCGGACGCGGCCGGCUGGCCGGCGCCCGACGACCGGUCCACGCUCUUCAACCGCUUCGGGCGCGCGGGCUUCACCUCCAAGCUGGGCCUGUGCGCGAGCGCGCGCCAGCUGCACUGGCACUACGAGGCCGGCGUGGCGCACACGCGCUUCCCGCGCUGCUACAGCGUCAGCCAGGCGCCCGAGCAGCUGCAGGCCUUCGUCGAGGACUUUCGCGCGACGGCCUGCCUGUCGCUGCUCAAGUGGCUGCUGGAGCGCGCCGAGGGGCCGGGCGGCCUGGCGGACCUGGCCUCGGCCGCGGGCCCGGUGCCGCUGCGCGCGCUCGACUUCGCGCUGGGCCGCGUGGCCGAGCUGCUGGCCAGCCGUCGCCACCAGGACCUGGACCGCGAGCCCGAGCGCGUCUGGGCGCACCAGUGGGAGCAGUUCCUCGGCUGGUACUACAAGCUGGUGCAGCAGCGCGCCGCGCUGCUGGCCGGCGAGCCGGCGCUGCGCGAGUACGCGCUGGCGGCGCGCCACCUGCUGCGCCGCGCGCGGCCCUUCCUGCCGCAGCUCGACAUGGACGGCUGCCUGUGCGUCUGGAUCCUCAAGCCGGGCAACAAGAGCCGCGGCCGCGGGAUCGUGCUGAUGAGCCGCCUGGACGAGAUCCUGGCCAAGGUGGGCGCGCCGGGCCGCGCGGCCGACGCGCGCUUCGUCGUGCAGAAGUACAUCGAGCGGCCGCUGCUCAUCCACGACACCAAGUUCGACAUCCGCCAGUGGUUCUUGGUGACGAGCGCCCAGCCGCUCACCGUCUGGAUGUACCGCGAGAGCUACCUGCGCUUCUGCUCGCAGAAGUUCAGCCUGCGCGAUUUCCACGAGUCGAUCCACCUGUCGAACAACGCCGUGCAGUGCAAGUACAAGAACGGCGCGGACCGCGCAGCCGCGCUGCCGGCCGAGAACAUGUGGGACGUGGCCAGCUUCAAGCGCUGGCUAGCCGAGCGCGGCGACCCCGAGGCCUGGGAGCGCCUCAUCUACCCGGGCAUGCGUCAGGGCCUCGUCGGCUCGCUGCUCGCCAGCCAAGAGGCCAUGGACCGCCGGCGCAACAGCUUCGAGCUCUACGGCGCCGACUUCAUGCUCAUGGACGACUACUCGGUCUGGCUGAUCGAGAUCAACAGCCACCCGGACAUGAGCGCCUCGACCAGCGUCACCAGCCGGCUCUGCCGCAGAGCCAUGGAGGACAUCAUCAAGGUGGUGGUCGACUAUCGCGAGAGCCCCGGCGGUGCAGACACCGGAGACUUCGAGCUCGUCUACAAGCAGCGGCUGUCGGGCGUCCAGGCCUACCUGGGCGCCGGUCUCUCGCUGCACGGCACGCGCAUCCAGGCCGGCGCCGUCCGUGACAGGGAGCGGCGCGCUCGGGGCGCGCCGCCCGCGACGCCUGGCCCUGCCCUCGUCGAUCUCGUCGAGGAGCUGGAGCUGCAGCUCGACCGCGAGUUUUGCGAGUACGUCAGGCUGCGCCAGACCGGUGGCCUCGCCCGGCGGGCCCUGCCGGGGCCGCCCGACGGGCCCGCGAACGCGCCGCAGCUGCUCGACGUCCAGACCAACACCGCCGCGCGCCCCGUCGACCCGAGCGUCGCGCAGUGUCUCUCGGCGCAGGCGCCGUCCGUCCGUCUGCCCACUGCCCAGCCGCAUUCCGCGGAGUCGGGGCGCGGCCUCGGGGCCCGCGCGGACGCUCUCGGCAAACGCGCUCAGCGGGCCAGCCUCAUCUCCAAGAUAAUCGAUCUGCGCAAGCACUCGGCCGACCCGCGCGUGCCGUCGCGUGCCGCUCACUACUCGGCCAUCGAUGGGCAGCUGCUCAAGCCAGUGGAAGACACCGCCACCGCCGGCAAAGACGAGCCUCAGAGCGCAAUCAACCGACCGGCGGCCAGCUCCAAGCUCGCGACGCCUAUCGCCGGCUCGGUUGCCGCCUCGAGCAAGCACAAGUUGGCGAGUAAAACGCGGCCCAAGGAUAAGAAGGCUAUUGCUUCGAGGAAACGAAACCGAACUGCGACCAGCCAAGUGCUACUCGAUGUCACUGACAUAUAUGCCAUUGGACUGUCCGUCAGCAAGUGAACAAAUUUCCUUCUCAUCGUCGUCUCGUCUAUCCUUUUCUGCUCGUUCGUCGUCUGCAAACCUGAUGGUCCUUGACUUGUGACUAGGUUUGAUCUACAAAAACAUCAUUGCCAUUAAAAUUGCAAUGCAAUGGAG